AUGGGUCAGAGAGCAUUGUGCCGAUGGAUUCGCAGACGACCCGUUUUACGAAGCCGACGCUCAUGGCGUGGAUCUCCCCGUGUCUAUCCACCAAGGGGUGCACCCGGAAUAUCUCGAGAAGGGAACUGCGGGAUUAUCGACUACUUCAAGAAUCAGCUGUUGUCGAAGUGGCUGCAGUCGACGGAGCUACUCGUGGUGUGCUACGACCGACAGGAACUGGUGCCCGUAAUCAAAGGACACGAACAGCUUGGGAGAAGCGAGAAAAUUGGUGAGUGCUCUAGGACCUUCGACCCGAAGUCAACGGACCCAGUUCCUUCGUUACAGUAUGGGUCAUGGCUUCGAGCCGAUGGCAAGGCGGCGCGGGACGGAAUCGCCGCCCACCUCGCCACGCGCGUGCUAGCUGAUGAUGUCUGGACCGGCGACACCAAGCCGAAUGGAAUCGUCGCAUUCUAUGGCGUUGGAGGUGAGCCUGAUCUGAGUGCUGAUCAUCCACCUGGUGUAGAUGCCGAGGGCAUAGGUCUCGAGAUGGCAAGGGAAGGUGCCGGGGAGGCGCUUCCCGAAACUGAACCACUCCUUCACUUUCGAGACAGAACCGACACGAUCGAGGGCGUCGAGCGACAGCGUGGGCCAGACAUCGGCGAGGCGGAGCUCUCCGUGAUACACUUCAUCGCUUGGGCGAAGAAGUACUGGGGGAGAAGCUUCGACAAGUGGGUCGUUUCAUCGGUAGACACGGACCUAUGGAUGAUCAUUCUACUGGCGAUGACAACUGGUUGGCUCACGCCCCGUGGCGAGAGGGCAGUUGAUGUGACAGUCCUGAGGGUCGUGGGUGGCGAGACCAAGUUCCUGUGGAUGAACGGAGUGUUCGCCAGCAUCUGCGAACUCCAGGACGGAAGCGAGUCCGCGUGGCCGCCAUUGACCUUCGGGAGCUGGAUUCCCACGGACAACGACAAGGAGGUGUCCAAUCGUCUCUACAAGACGUUGACGAAAAGGGUCAUUUCGAGCACGAUAGAAAAGCUGGAACCGAUUGCCCAGCUUCGUGAAGUGGCCAUCUUCGACAUCGAAUCGCAUUUCAUCGAGAAAUCACACACAGAAAGGGACCGUUGCAGAGAGUUGGCGGUGAAGCGUGCGCCAGCAGUCAGGGCGGCGAUGGACUGCUUGAGAGAGAGCCCGGCAUUUAAAGGCGACGAUGGCAAAGACAAGGUCGUGGCGUUGGACGGGAGAGUGUUUCCGCCGGUCAAGUGGCAAGAGAUUAUCGACGCGGCCGUCAAAGCUCGUGCGAAAAUGCACGAGUGUGUCCUGUACUACGUCUUCAAGAAGAAACAACUAAACGGCGUGACCAAGAAGAAGGUUUUCUCCAUCCCGGCUAGGAACAGCACCAACAAGGCCACGAAGAGUCAAGGGAGGUCGUCUGCACUGAAGGAUUCCGUCGGCAAUUCCUACGCUGGGGGCCAAGAGUGGAAGGCCCUCACGCUGAACAUGUUUGAUGCCGCCAGAGAAGGCGGGGGUGUGGUGACACAAGACCAGAUGCUGGAAAUGGUGGCGUCCAUAGGAGCGGCCACGCCGUACAGCAUGGCGAACGCGACGGGAGGAGCCAAGCACGCCAACAAGGCGGCAGGUCCAGGGAAAUGGGUCAGAGAGCAUUGUGCCGAUGGAUUCGCAGACGACCCGUUUUACGAAGCCGACGCUCAUGGCGUGGAUCUCCCCGUGUCUAUCCACCAAGGGGUGCACCCGGAAUAUCUCGAGAAGGGAACUGCGGGAUUAUCGACUACUUCAAGAAUCAGCUGUUGUCGAAGUGGCUGCAGUCGACGGAGCUACUCGUGGUGUGCUACGACCGACAGGAACUGGUGCCCGUAA